GAUGAGUGGUGGACACACGCUGACCCAGGCGCUGGCCAAGCACGUGGCGCAUCGCAAGCUGGGCAUCCCCGUGAACAAGGUCAAGUCAGACGAGCCUGCCGCCCUGCGGAAGGUGCUCGUUGGUGUGGCGACUGGGCUGGAGAACCUGCUGGAGCGGGAGCUGAAGAGCCUGGGCAUCGAGGGGACCUUCCAGAAGGUGGCGGGAGGCGUGCAGGUCGAAGGGACCGAUGAUCUGCUGUGGCGCAUCUGCCUCAAGAGGUGAGUCAGUCGGAUGCAUGAACAUGCGACGAAUGAAUCAUUCAUCGCGUGAUGCCGGUUGAUUUGUCUGUGUUUGUUUGUUUGUGUGUGCAGCCGCAUUGCCGAGAGCGUGAAGCUUUGCCUGUGCGACCCUUUCCAUGCCAAGGACGAGAAGCACCUCGUCAACAACCUGCACGCCAUCCCAUGGUGAGUGGGUGGGAGGGCGGAUCCAUCCAUCCGCGUAAGAUGCAUUCGAUUCACGUGCCCUCAUCAGGGGUCACUACUUCCCAUUCUUCGCCACGAUGCAAGACCCCCCGAUCAAGGUGAGGUCACGACACCCACCGCCCUCUCACCUCUCACCUCACACCGACCACAAGUCAGUCACGUUGUGCACUGCAGGUUGAGUCGUCCCGUUCGCGUCUGUUCCACACCAAGAUGAUAGAGCGGGCGGUGGUGGACGCCAUCCGCGCUGAGCUGAGGACACACGUGGAGGAAAAGGGCGACCCCAUACGAUCCAUGCACGCCAGAAGGGGAGGUAGGCAUGGCAUGGCAUGGCAUGCACUGACCGACCGACCGAUGAAUGAGGGCUUCUUCAACCAAUCCCUGUGUGGUGCCAUCCUGGCUGGCUGGUUGGGUUGCUGAAUGCAUUCAGUGCAGCGCGCUGCGAAAGUGGAAGUGCAGCUCCAUCACAAUGAGUGCCAGGUGAGGGGCAGCAGGGCCCAAAUUGCAACGGCAUCCAUAUUAACCAAAGAUAGAUCUAUGUGACGGCUGAUUUCCUGCCUGCCUGCGUGCCUGAUUGACAGAUCUAUCUUGACGGCUCUGGUGACCUGGGAAGGCGACUGUGGCGAGAAACCGUCGGCACACUCCCACUCAGGCACGCGAAGCCACGCCACCAUCACGCCAACACAUUCAUAUCACCAAAUGGUGUUUGCUGGUGUCUGCAGGGAGAAUCUGGCGGCGGCGAUAGUGCUUAAGACGCCAUUCCUGAAGCUUCUAUGCGAGGACAGGGGUGUGGCUCUGUGGGACCCCUUCUGCGGGGCGGGCACCAUCCUGCUGGAAGCGCUCGGGAUCGCCAUGGGCCAUCCCGCAGGCUCGCCGCGGAUCCGCUAUCCCUUCUAUGACGUGAGCAAUCCGGCGGGCGUCAAGCUAGCUGAAUGUGCCUCCCUCCCUUACCUUGCGGCUUUUCUGUCUGUGUAUGUCGAUGUCGUCAGUUCCCCUGUCACAGCGCUCGGCGCUUCUCUGAGGUGCUUUCAGAUCUCGCACUCACGUACGCAGCGUCCGUGCCUCCGUCUGUGAUACUGACUGACGUCAUCUUCUCCGUCUGUUUGUUCUACCUACCUGCAUCCAUUUAGCCCUCACCCCAACUUGGCGAAUCUGACGCUGCUGGGCACCGACAUGCGGGAGCAGGAAGUGAAUGGCGCCCGGAAGAACCUGACCACCUUCUGCGAGCGGAUGCCGCGGCAAGCGUCGCCCGACUAUGAGCCCCCCCUGGCCGCCCAGCCGAGACUCAGUGGUAGAGGGAGGAGUCAGGCUGAAUGUGGUGGUACAAAACCUUUGUGUUGGCUGAUGGGAUGCAGGUGAUGACGGCACUGCCGCUGCAUCGUCCCCGUCGUCCUCCGAGAGUCAGCUGCCGGCCAAGAUCAAGUUCGUGCACACCGAACCAUGGAAGGUACAAACAACAGAAGAAACACACGCUGACCGAGUCAGACCAAGAAAAAGCUCCACUCCCCAAACGUUUGCGUGUCUGGCAGGUUGGCUCCUACGUGGACAACUGCAUGAUCGUGACGAAGGUGCCCUACGGCCGGCAGCUGGGCAGCGAGGCGCUUCGCCGCAUCUACCAGAAGUUCGCCAGGCUGCUGCUGAGCCGGCACGACUGGCGGGGCGUGUACUGUCUGGCUUCUCGGAGAGACUUCAAGAUCGUCACAGGACUCGACUGGCGGACGGAGCUGCGGUUCAAGAACAAAGACACGGUCGUCGAGCUGCUCAGCUGGUAUGUGUUUGCAUCAUUCACUAGACGAGUGCAUCCGCGUAUGGAUGUGUGUGUGUCUAUGUGUCGAUGUUCAGGAGUGGCGGAAAGAAGAGCUGGGAUUCCUACUACACGGACGACUGAUUGAUGCGGUAACGAUUUGGCGUCUUGGUGUUCGUGUGUGGGGCGCGCCGCGGCGUGGCGUGGCUGGUGCAGUGCAGGUGGUUUGUAGAUGCGUUGGUUUGUAGAUACCGCAGGUUCGUGUGCAGAAACAGAUAUCUAUAGCUAGUCGGGGUGCGAACAUACGUACAUGAUGGAGUUGUG